GGCAGCGGCGGCUGCGAGGGGAGGGGGAGUCCCGUCUGACUGAGACGGCAGGCCUGGGCGGGCGGGGGUGCCGCGCAGGGCGGAGCGCCGGGCUGGGGAUGAGCUAAGCGGGUUCAGAGCGCCGCGGCAUUCAGCCCCUCGUGUCCCGCCGCCGUCGGGAGGGGACUGGGCACCACUCUCCAAGCUCGACUCGCUGCUUGCGCGGGAGCCAGCGGUGAGUAUUUCUCAAACUCUAAGGCUUGCAGAUUUCACAAAUUGAGAUCUGGCAUCAUUUUCAGAGAAAGACCUUCAGUAAUGUAUGUAACCUUCUGUAAUGGAAGAUGAUUGAAGAUAAAGGGCCUCGUGUUGCUGACUACUUUGUUGUAGCAGGAUUAACUGAUGUUUCAAAGCCUCUUGAAGAAGAAAUUCACUUCAAUGAUGCCUGUCAUAAAGUAGCUAAACCAAAAGAACCUAUAACAGAUGUUUCAGUGAUUAUUAAAUCUCUUGGGGAGGAAGUGCCACGGGAUUAUAUAUGUAUUGAUGUUACCCCAACUGGAUUGUCGGCUGAUCUCAAUAAUGGGAGUCUUGUGGGGCCGCAGAUUUACCUUUGCUACAGAAGAGGAAGAGAUAAGCCUCCACUUACAGAUCUAGGGGUUUUGUAUGACUGGAAAGAAAGAUUGAAACAGGGAUGUGAAAUUAUUCAGAGUACUCCCUACGGACGCCCUGCAAAUAUUAGUGGUAGUACCUCAUCACAAAAAAUAUAUAUCACUUUCCGAAGAGCCUCUGAAAACAUGACUCAGAAUACAUUGGCUGUCACGGACAUAUGUAUUAUUGUACCCAGUAAAGGAGAAAGUCCACCACACACAUUUUGCAAAGUCAACAAGAAUCUCAAUAACAGUAUGUGGGGAUCUGCAGUAUACUUAUGUUAUAAAAAAUCAGUGGCAAAGACUAACACUAUAUCCUACAAAGCUGGUCUAAUUUGUAGAUAUCCUCAAGAAGAUUAUGAAUCUUUCUCACUCCCAGAAUCUGUUCCCCUAUUUUGUUUACCAAUGGGUGCAACUAUUGAAUGCUGGCCACCAAAUAGCAAAUACCCUCUCCCUGUAUUUUCUACAUUUGUUUUAACUGGAGCCUCAGCUGAAAAGGUCUAUGGUGCUGCUAUUCAGUUUUAUGAACCAUACUCUGAGGAGAAUCUCACAGAAAAACAGAGACUUCUUUUGGGUUUAACAUCAUCAGCAGAUGGGAAAUCUGAUCAUUCCAAAACAAUUCACACUAAUAAGUGCAUCUGUCUUCUUUCUCACUGGCCUUUUUUUGAUGCAUUCAGGAAGUUUUUGACUUUUCUGUAUCGUUAUUCUAUCUCUGGACCUCAUGUCCUUCCAAUUGAGAAGCAUAUUUCUCAUUUUAUGCAUAAAGUUCCUUUUCCAUCUCCUCAGAGACCACGGAUUUUAGUUCAGUUAUCACCACAUGAUAAUCUGAUUCUCAGUCAACCUGUUUCUUCACCUCUUCCACUAAGUGGUGGCAAGUUUUCAACACUACUUCAAAAUUUAGGCCCUGAAAAUGCUGUCACACUACUGGUUUUUGCAGUAACAGAACAUAAGAUUCUCAUCCAUUCCUUACGGCCUUCCGUGCUUACUAGUGUGACAGAAGCAUUAGUGUCUAUGAUUUUCCCUUUCCACUGGCCAUGCCCGUAUGUUCCUCUCUGCCCACUGGCUUUAGCAGAUGUCUUGAGUGCACCAUGUCCAUUCAUAGUAGGAAUUGACUCAAGAUAUUUUGAUCUCUAUGACCCUCCACCAGAUGUUAGUUGUGUUGACCUAGAUACCAACACCAUUUCUCAAACUGGUGACAAGAAAAAUGUAGCCUGGAAGAUACUUCCAAAGAAACCAUGUAAAAAUCUGAUGAACACACUGAAUAAUUUGCACCAGCAGUUGGCAAAAUUGCAGCAGAGACCAAGAGAUGAUGGACUAAUGGACUUAGCAAUGAAUGACUAUGAUUUUAAUUCUGGAAAGAGGUUGCACAUGAUAGAUUUGGAAAUCCAAGAGGCGUUUCUGUGUUUCAUGGCCUCUAUUUUAAAAGGUUAUAGAUCAUACUUAAGACCAAUAACACAAGCCCCGUCUGAGACAGCCACAGAUGCAUCCUCUCUUUUUGCCCUACAAGCUUUCUUAAGAAGCCGGGACCGGUCACAUCAAAAAUUCUAUAGCAUGAUGACCAAAACACAAAUGUUCAUUCGCUUCAUUGAGGAAUGUUCUUUUGUCAGUGAUAAAGAUGCAAGCCUGGCAUUUUUUGAUGAUUGUGUAGAUAAGGUGGAUAUGGACAAGAGUGGUGAAAUGCGACUUAUAGAACUGGAUGAAUCUUUCAAAAGUGAACAUACUGUUUUUGUAACACCACCUGAGAUCCCCCAUCUACCCAAUGGUGAAGAACCCCCUUUACAGUACAGCUAUAAUGGAUUUCCAGUUCUUAGAAACAAUUUAUUUGAGAGACCUGAAGGAUUUCUACAAACACGAAAGAACAAAUUGCCUUCAAAAUCAAGUAGUCCUAGCAGCCCUUCUCCCAUGUUCAGAAGAACAAAACAGGAAAUUAAAUCAGCCCAUAAAAUUGCCAAGAGGUAUUCUUCCAUUCCUCAAAUGUGGUCUAGGUGUCUCCUGCGCCACUGCUAUGGACUGUGGUUUAUUUGUCUGCCAGCUUAUGUGAAAGUAUGUCAUUCAAAAGUCAGGGCACUGAAAACAGCAUAUGAUGUGCUUAAAAAAAUGCAGUCCAAAAAGAUGGAUCCACCUGAUGAGGUGUGCUACCGCAUUCUUAUGCAGCUCUGUGGGCAGUAUGAUCAGCCAGUGCUUGCGGUUCGAGUGCUUUUUGAAAUGCAGAAAGCUGGUAUUGACCCCAAUGCCAUCACUUAUGGUUAUUAUAAUAAGGCUGUUUUAGAAAGUACCUGGCCUUCGAGAAGUCGUAGUGGCUACUUUCUUUGGACAAAAGUAAGAAACGUUGUUUUAGGAGUCGCACAGUUCAAAAGAGCUUUAAAGAAACACGCACACUUAUCACAAACAACUCUCUCAGCAGAUGGCAGUGACCUGGAUGCUGUUAGUCAUGGCAGCAUGGAUAGUGGUCAUGGGACACACACUGUGGAGCAGGCACCUUUUAAUACGGGUUUAAUCAAAGUGUAUGCUACUGAUGAUAGAUCUAGUACAGGUGGCCAGUCUGAUCUUGGAUAUAAUUCAUUAUCUAAGGAUGAAGUUAGAAGAGGGGAUAUAUCUACUGAGGAAAUUCAAGAAGAAAAAGAUAAGAAAGGGAGUGAUUCUAGUUCCCUGUCAGAGAGUGAGAGUGCAAAAGGAAGUGCUGAUUGUCUUCCUAAGCUCAAUUAUCAAAGUUCUUCCAGUAUAGUUCGCCCCAGUGGUACAAAUAACAACAGUGCUGAUAAAACAUCAGGAGAAAGCACAGAAAGCACCUCUGAGCUGCUCUUACUAUCAUCUUUUGAAGGUACAAAUGAAACAGGAAACAGUCAAAGUAGGUGCUUCAGGAAAAGACAUAAAAGUGAAAACGAACCUAAUUUGCAGCAGCGACUCUCCUGGGGAAGCAGAAACCGCAAUCUUAGUGGCGGAGUACUGAUGGGACUUAUGCUCAAUAGAAUCAACCAGGAAGCAAGCCCUGGAGAUAUGGUUGAAAAACUAGGAGCUGAUGCAAAAAUUCUUUCAAACGUUAUCUCAAAAAGCACAAGACCAACCAGUCUUGAUAUCGGAAAGCCACCUUUAAGAUCAAAAAGAGACAGUCUAGAAAAGGAAUCUAGUGAUGAGGAUACACCUUUCGAUGGUUCUAACUGUUUGGCAGAUAAAGUGGAUUCUCCCGUUAUUUUUGAUUUAGAAGACUUAGACAGUGAGACAGAUGGAUCAAAAGUGGGAUACACUGCUUCACAGAACCCCAAGAGGAUUCAGCGUAUGAGCAGCAGCUUUUCAGUAAAACCUUCUGCGAAAACGGACGUUGCCACAGGAUUUGAUCCCCUCUCUCUUUUGGUUGCUGAGACCGAGCAGCAGCAUAAAGAGGAGGAGGAAGAAGAUGACGAAGACAGCAAAAUCGUUCCAACACCGUCCGCCAGGCGUGACUUAGCCGAGGAGAUUGUGAUGUAUAUGAAUAACAUGAGCAGUCCUUUGACGAGCCGCACGCCAAGCAUCGAUUUACAACGGGCAUGUGAUGACAAAUCAGCCAGUAAGAGAAGUCCAACGUUGGUCAAGGCGUGCAGGAGAUCUAGCCUGCCUCCCCACUCUCCGAGGCCAAUGAGACUUACCAAAUCUAAAAGUUAUACAAAAACCGCGGAGAGACCACGGGAGAGACUCUGGUCUUCUCCAGCCUUCUCACCUUCUUGCCCAUUCAGGGAAGAAUCUCAAGCUGCAUUAACCCAUUCAUCACCUUCAUUUAAUUUAGAUACACUGCUGGUACCUAAACUAGAUGUUCUAAGGAACAGUAUGUUCACUGCUGGGAAAGGAGUUGCAGAGAAAGCCAGCAAAUGGUAUUCAAGAUUCACCAUGUAUACCACAUCAUCUAAAGGAGGAAAACGAACAGUAAACGAAGCUUCAAAGUCAGCAAGGGUAUCUUACCAACAGGAUCAAAGUUCUGAUCGUACCAGUCUUUCUUCAGUGGGAGCCCAGGAUUCUGAAUCUACCUCUUUAACAGAUGAAGAUGUUUGCCAUGAGUUGGAAGGAGCCACUUCCUCCCAAGAGAGCAGUGCCACUUCAGGGACUAAGGGAAUUGAUUUCAGCAGAACAAGCCUGGAAAGUUCUGCCUCCUUAGAAGGAUCCCUGUCAAAGUUUGCCUUACCUGGGAAAUCAGAAGUGGCAUCUUCCUGCAACACAAGUAAUACAAAUAUCUUCCAGAACUAUGCAAUGGAGGUUCUUAUCUCAAGUUGUUCUCGGUGUAGAACAUGUGAUUGUCUCGUCCAUGAUGAGGAAAUCAUGGCUGGCUGGACAGCAGAUGAUUCAAAUCUCAAUACUACAUGCCCAUUUUGUGGCAAUCUUUUCUUGCCCUUUCUGAAUAUUGAAAUAAGAGAUUUAAGACGGCCUGGAAGAUACUUUCUGAAGUCAAGCCCAUCUACGGAAAAUAUGCACUUUCCAUCCUCGUUUUCAACUCAGACAAGGCAGUCUUGUAUCUCAACAUCAGCCUCUGGUCUUGACACAUCUGUUAUCUCUGUUCAAGGGAAUUUUGAUCUCAAUAGCAAAUCUAAACUGCUGGAAAAUACAUAUGCCCGAAGUAUUCAGAUCCCUGCUGAUAGAUCAAAAACAGCUGUGUCAAAAUGUCCAAUAUUUCCAAUGGCCAGGAGUGUUAGUACUUACGGCCCGUUGGAUAAGGAAGACACUGGAGGCCAGAAGCUCAUUCCUACAGGCAGUCUGCCAACUACUUUACAAGGAGCUACCGAUUCUUUAGGAUUAGAGUGGCACCUCCCCAGUCCAGAUCCUAUCACUGUUCCAUAUCUUAGUCCUUUAGUGGUUUGGAAGGAGCUUGAAAGCUUACUGGAAAAUGAAGGUGACCAUGCAAUAACAGUGGCAGACUUUGUGGACCAUCAUCCAAUCGUGUUUUGGAACCUUGUGUGGUAUUUUAGACGUCUUGACUUACCCAGUAACUUACCUGGAUUGAUUCUUUCUUCUGAGCAUUGCAACAAGUAUUCAAAGAUUCCUCGCCACUGUAUGUCUGAGGAUAGUAAAUAUGUUUUAAUACAAAUGUUAUGGGACAAUAUGAAAUUACAUCAGGAUCCGGGACAGCCCUUGUACAUCCUCUGGAAUGCCCACAGUCAAAAUCGUACUCUUUUGUUUGAGACCCAAAAGUAUCCAAUGGUCCAUUUAUUGCAAAAAGGUGAUAAUUCAUUUAACCAGGAACUAUUGAAAAAUAUGGUAAAAAGCAUUAAAAUGAAUGAUGUCUAUGGACCAAUGAGUCAAAUUUUAGAGACACUGAAUAAAUGUCCUCAUUUUAAAAGACAGAGGAGUUUGUAUAGAGAAAUACUAUUUCUCUCGCUUGUGGCCCUGGGAAGAGAAAACAUUGAUAUAGAUGCGUUUGAUAAAGAAUACAAGAUGGCAUAUGAUCGCCUCACACCUAGUCAAGUCAAGAGUACACACAACUGUGAUAGACCACCAAGUACAGGGGUGAUGGAAUGUCGAAAAACUUUUGGAGAACCUUAUCUUUAAGAUAUGCACGUGUGUGUAUACUUUCAAUAUGUAUUGUAUAGUCCACAUGUAUAAAAUAACACUUGAAGACUCUCAACUCUUUUUCUUCAAUUUUUGGAAAUGCAUUUGUAAAUGGUUCCAAAAGUCCAGAUAGCUUAUGUACAGAAUGUUUUCAAAAGAGAAGAGUGACAAGUGAGGAGAAAGCCAUUUUGUUUCCCAUUUCCUUUUUUUUCCUUUACUCUCCUGUAACAAGUAAUUAUUUUUGUGACGAGGAAAUCCCUAAAACAAAAUUACUUCUCAAAAUAAGACAACCGUUUCAUGGUUUCUCUUGGAAGAGACACAUUGAAAAAUCAUGUAUGGAACUUAAACAAAUGUAAGAUCAAAGUAUUUCCUGUUUUCAUAGACUAUUCAAAUGUUUUGACCAUGAAGUUGUAUUAUACAUAUUUUAAAUUGUUUAUAGUAAGUUGAUAUUUUUUUAAUUUUUAAACUUAAUAUAGCAAACAAAACGAACUUAAACUUA